AUGGGGAGGGGUAAGAUUGAGAUCAAGAGGAUUGAGAACUCAAGCAACAGGCAAGUCACAUAUUCAAAGAGGAAGAAUGGGAUCCUUAAGAAGGCUAAAGAAAUCAGUGUUCUUUGUGAUGCUCAAGUUUCUCUUAUCAUCUUUGGUGCUUCUGGCAAGAUGCAUGAAUAUAUCAGCCCCUCCACCACGUUGAUUGACAUCCUGGACAGAUACCAAAGAGCUUCUGGAAAAACUCUCUGGGAUGCUAAACAUGAGAACCUAAGUAAUGAAAUUGAUAGAAUCAAGAAAGAGAAUGAUAGCAUGCAAAUUGAGCUCAGGCACUUGAAGGGAGAAGACAUUACCUCACUGAAUUACAAAGAGCUUAUGGCCCUAGAAAAUGACCUUGAUAAGGGCCUCAAUGGAAUCCGUGAAAAAAAGAUGGAAGUGCACAGGAUGUUCAAGAGAAAUGGCAAGAUUUUGGAGGAAGAAAACAAGGAACUCAAUUUCCUUCUUCAACAGCAUAUGGCACUGGAAGGAGCGAGAAACAUGCAUGGACAAUGGAUUUAA